GCCAGCUGGCUGGGCCGUAGUUUAACACCCAAAGCAAUACCUGCAAUUGAGGAUUCCUCCCGAGGAGACUGCAACCUGUCAGCAUGGCUCAGGAGUUUGUGAAUGGCAAAAUCCAGCCCGGGAAGGUCGUUGUGUUCAUCAAGCCCACCUGCCCCUACUGCAGAAAGACCCAAGAGAUCCUCAGUCAAUUGCCCUUCAAACAAGGGCUGCUGGAAUUUGUCGAUAUCACAGCCACCAGUGACACAAAUGAGAUUCAAGAUUAUUUGCAACAGCUCACAGGCGCGAGAACGGUACCUCGGGUCUUCAUUGGUACAGAUUGUAUAGGUGGAUGCAGUGAUCUAAUAACUAUGCAACAGAAUGGGGAACUGCUGACGCGGCUGAAGCAGAUCGGAGCUCUGCAGUAGUUACAGUGGAGCAGAUACCACACUGAUGUCCCCCUGGAGAGCUGAAUGGAAGCACACAAGAUGACAGCAUUUCCUGGUGGAUGGGAUUUUCAACCACAAAUGGAUUUUUCUUCUUUUGCCUCAGUUUUAAAAAGUGGACCAACUUGUCCCUAACCAUAGGGCCAAGAAGAUUGAUGGAUCAUCUUGGGUUUCUUCUGGAUUGGUCCUUUGGGUUCCAGAAAACCAUGACAAGUUUUGGUUUAGUAUGCACUGACCCAAAAGAUGUUUUUCUCUUUAGCACGUGUUUCUUAUUAACUGUUCUCUGUGUGCCAGCAUGCCUCUACCUCCAAGCCAGUGUUUCUCAACCAACCUUACAUAUCCAGAUGCCCCAAGGAUGAAUCUACAGUUGGUAUUCUGCCAUUUCCCAUCAGUUGAAAUUAUUUUGCUGAACAUGACUUUAUGCAAUUUGUAUUAUGAAAUCAAUGGGUAUUUUGUGUUUUUUCAAACCUACCCCACCCUAUCCCACUUUGAGGGUCACUGCUCUGGGCCACUGUUCUCACCUUGCCAUCUCACAGAUCUCAUUGGAAACAUUGCACGAUUCUGAAAGGGCCUGAGGACCCAAUUUGAGAACCUAUGAGGAAAAGUUGAGCAUCGGGUUGGUCUUCACCAGGGUCACAUGAAUAGAGGCAGCAGGGCAAAGAGGCAAAUGCGACCGCACUAGAUAAGAUGGUUCCAGAUCAUCCUGAACAACUGUGCAAUCAUUGGAUUUAGAUUCCAGCAAAAUUAAAAUAUAAAAUGUAAAACAUUAGCAUAGAGAACCUAUAUCCCAAGUUUGUCCCAAACAAUCCCAAAAGCAUAUCUGAAAGGAACCAAAUUUUGAAAAACACUGUCCUAAAUAACUACCCCCCAACACACACACAUUGGAAAUUUAAGACUCCUAUAACUGAAGUUUGUCUGUUCUAGAAUUGCAAGAUUGUUAAUUUCCUUCUGUGGUAUCUAGUGGGAAUGGUUAAUUUCUAAUAAAGAUGUACAUACAGCUGUC